ACUAUUCUAUAUCUAUAAUCUAGAUCCCUAGACUUUAGUGUCCAUUUCUUCACGGUUAAGUUCUCCAUUUCCAAAACUCGAAAUCUAGAUUCUACUGCCGAUCAAAUUAUUAACCUUAAUGUUAGGUGUAAAAUAGGACGACAAUCUCUAAAAAGUCGCAAUCAUCACAAUGUUACAGGCUAAGCCUCAGGAGUAUUCUGUUUACAGCAAAGUUUUGAAAAAAAUAUUUGCAUCUCAUAAAUCUAUUAUGCCACUAAUUUCUUUUGUGGGUUGUGGAGUUCUUGGAGGAGCUGCAGUCAUUGGCUACUCACUGAAAACCAAGGCAGAUAUAAGAACCCAUGAUAAAAAACAAGUUGAAUAUGCAAACAUUCUCCCUGAGUCAUGCUUUAAGCUUUUUCAUCAGACUCCCCUAGUGGAUGACCCUAGACUAGUGGAAGCCAGAAAGUUGGUUUAUGGCCAAACGUCAAACUAAGCAGCUGAAGUUUCAGUUUUCCAAAUUUAAGUUAAAGAAUUAGAUCUGAAAGUUUUGAUUGUGUUUCUUUGAUUCUUUCAUUUAUGUUCAUAGAUAUGAGCUCAUGAGAAUAAAGAAUGUCACCAAAUUUGAUCUUGAACUCUUGUAUAUUAAUAAUUUAUAAGAUGUUAAAAUCAUUUGCAAAGAAUUACAGUUACAAUGAAAUCAAUCUGAGAUUUUUUCAGUGUAACAUUUGGCUGUGAAAGAUUAAUAUUAAACCAGGUUGAUAUUCAGUUUUCAAGUGGAUAAAAAGUAUUGGGAUUGAGUUAGAAAUUGUGUAUCUGAAAGUCGAUCCAGAAUGAUACUAGAAGUGGAUGUAUUUAGUAUUUAUCUUCCUUGAAGAGAUUCUAGCACUGUAAUGCUCCUUUGAUGAUUGUAACUCAAACGCAAUGACGCCAUACACCCAUCUUCUGCUCUUGUUUCUGAUCUACCUCCUGGCACUUCCGGCUUCUGUGCUGUCGAGCCCAAUUGGCUGCGACUGGCUGAAGAUUCCUGACCCCAACCCAGGGCAACCCUUGUUCAACGACUCUGAGUAUAAGACAACCCUUGCCCCUGAUGUUCCGGUGGGGUCUCCUGUUCUGACAGUCUACGCCAAUGACACUGACGUAAACGAUACCAUGUACUACUCUCUGGAAGACUGUGAUUACACAGAUUGGAUUACUGUUGAUCGGGAAUCUGGAUUGAUCAAGGUUAUCCGAAGUCUGAUGGACAUCUACGCUAUAGAGAUUGAGUGCACGGUGCUGGUGCAAGACAGGGAGAAUCUGACCGACUCCACAGUGAAGACAGACAGGUCUGGCCUGUUCAUCAAGCUCUAUGACAUCCGCGAGAUAGUCGACGACGAGGACCAGUUUGAUUCCAGAGAAGUGGAGUGGACCACUGGCGAAGAAAUGGCAACAUCUCCAACCGUUACGACAAGCAGUAACAUUAAAAUCCAGACAUCGAAACCCACAGAGGGAAGCUCUACAUCUGCUAAGUCUACAUCGGCUACAACUACAAAACCCAUUGUUGUUACCACUUCUAAACCUACAUUAUUGAACACUACUACUAAACCUACAUUGGCUAACACAACUACCAAGCCUAUAUUAGUUAACAUUACCACUAAACCUACAAUGACUAACACUACUUCUAAACCUACAUCGGCUACAACUAUUAAACCUAUAGGGGCUAAUACUACUAAACCUACAGUGGCCACCACCACCAAACCCACAGUGGUUACCACUACAAAAUCUACUUUGGCUACCACAAAGAAACCCACAGUGGCUACCACUACUAAAUCUACUUUGGCUACCACAACCAAACCCACAGUGGCUACCACUACUAAAUCUACUUUGGCUACCACAACCAAACCCACAGUGGCUACCACUACUAAAUCUACUUUGGCUACCACAACCAAACCCACAGUGGCUACCACUUCUAAAUCUACCGUGGCUACCACAACCAAGCCAGCCGUCGCUUACACUACCAAAUCUACAUUGGCUACUACUACCAAACCCAUCUUGGUUACAAAUAUUACUAAACCUACUGUGGCUACAAAUAAGACCACAACUGCUACCGUGUCAAACAAUAAAACCCAGACUUCUAAGCCCACCAAUACUUCUGCUUCUACAACUGUAGCUUACAAUAAAACCACAACAGCAAAACUUAAACCUGGCAAGACUACUGCAACUGCUAAACCAAAAGUAACGGCUAAGCAGACGGUCAAAAACACAACCGGCAAGGUUAUUCAGCCUUCCGGUGCCGCCAAGAAAAACAAAACUCGCCUGGUCAAGAAAGUCAAGAAACCUGGCAAGGAAGGCGGAGCUCCAGUCGAAUACGAGUACGAUUACGAAUACGAAUACGAUUACGCAGACGAAGGGGAAAACGUCAGCGGUGAGAUCGAGGCUUCUGUGGAAAAAGGCGGGAAGACUAGAGGCGUCCAGAAGAAGAAAAAAACAAAGACUCGAGGACAAGGGGGGUACAUUGAGAGCUAUGAACGAAGUUACAACUACAACGACACAAGCGUCGAGGAAACUGAUAGCGAAGAGGAGGGCUCUUAUGACGUGGGGGGCAAAAGGAGACACAAUGGUCGGAAAAAAGAAGUUAAGAAAAGAAAACAUGGCGGUUCAAAGGAUUACGACGAUUAUGACUAUGAUUAUGAUUACAGCUCUGGAAACCGCUCUAGAAGCUUUAGCGGCGGGCAUAAAAAGAAGGGCCAAAGAGGGCGCCGUCGGCAUGGCGAGAACAACACAAGUUCCGAAGAGAUUGGAUCAUGGGACGCCAGCUACAGUCACAACGGAACGAGAAACGAUACCAAAGGAAGCUAUGACUCUGGAAGCAAGGAAAGUUCAUACAAACAUAGACAAGGAAUUAAGUACAAAGGAGGAAGAAGAAGGCAUCAUAAACAUGGAGAGAAUUCUACCAGCUCCGAAGAACUUAGUUAUUAUAGCUACAGCUAUAACGGAUCAAGAAAUAACUCCAGUGAAGUGUAUAGCAAGGGAAGCUCUGAAAAAGCGUUUAAACGCAAGGGAGGUUACAAAUAUAAGGGAGGUAAACGAAAACAUCGUCUUGGUGAAAGCUCGACUAGCUCAGAGGAAGCUGAAUCCGGAAGUGCAAUUUAUAGCUACAGCUAUAACGGAACCCGAAAUGAAACCAGUGGAAGCUACGGGUCCUACAGUAAAGAGAAGUCUUACAAACACAGAGGCGGUCUUAGGUAUAAAGGUAGAAAGAAGAGCCAUCGAAAUGGGGAAAAUUCUACAAGCUCAGAGAAAGCUGAAUCCGGAAGUGCAAUUUAUAGCUACAGCUAUAACGGAACCCGAAAUGAAACCAGUGGAAGCUACGGGUCCUACAGUAAAGAGAAGUCUUACAAACACAGAGGCGGUCUUAGGUAUAAAGGUAGAAAGAAGAGUCAUCGAAAUGGGGAAAAUUCUACAAGCUCAGAGGAAGCUGAAUCCGGAAGUGCAAUUUAUAGCUACAGCUAUAACGGAACCCGAAAUGAAACCAGUGGAAGCUACGGGUCCUACAGUAAAGAGAAGUCUUACAAACACAGAGGCGGUCUUAGGUAUAAAGGUAGAAAGAAGAGUAAUCGAAAUGGGGAAAAUUCUACAAGCUCAGAGGAAGCUGAAUCCGGAAGUGCAAUUUAUAGCUACAGCUAUAACGGAACGCGAAAUGAGACAAGUGGAAGCUACGAGUCCAACAGUAAAGAGAAGUCUUACAAACACAGAGGCGGUCUUAGGUAUAAAGGCAGGAAAAGGGCUCAUCGAUUUGGCGAAAACUCCACUUCCGAAGAACUUGCUUCAAGCAGUGGUUAUUACAGCUUUGAUUACAACAGGACAAGUAAUGACACCAGUACUAGCUACAGACAAGGCAGUGAGGAAAGUUCUCUUAAAGUCAGAGGCGGCCCCAAAUACAAGAAGGGCAAAGUACGACAUGGUCACGGCGAAAACUCCACCAGUUCAGAGCGGGCUGGUUCAAAUGUUGUUUCUUACGAGUACAGCUUUACAGAAACUGACGACAGGGGCGAAGAAACGUCUCCGAAAGAUAAGGGCGGACUCACAAAGUCUAAAACUGUUAAAGGCGUUAAGAAAAGUGGGAAAAAAAGAAAAGGAUACGCCUCUGGAGAAUCGGAACUUUCUGAACAUAACUCAAGAAAUAGGUCCUCUUUGGGAAACGAAAAACAGAGCCGAGGCGGAUCUAAACACAAAGGUGGAAGAGGGCGACAUACUUAUGGCGAAAACUCUACAAGCUCAGAAUAUGUCGACUACGAAACAUACUACUAUGAUUCUAGCUCUAAUGGUACUAGUAAUAGUACAGGAAGUUACAGCGGAGAAGAGAGAUCAUCAAAGAUAAAAGAUGGAAGAAAACAAGUUAAACACGUGAAGAGAGGUAAAGGGAUCAAAUCUCAGAAUUCUGCAUCGCAAGAAGACUAUGACGUAGAAUAUUAUGACUAUAGUGUCUCCAAGAAUAACUCUGCUGAUCAUACUGAGAAAUCCUACAAGAACGGAAGUGGCAUAAAAGGCGGGAAACAUCGCCGAUUGAACGGAGACAACUCAACAAGUGGCGAAUAUUUGGGCUCAAGAAGUGGCAUCGACAACGGCACGGGUAAUUUGACUAGUGGAAGUCACAUGGGCAGCGGAAAGGAGAGGUCGUACAAAGAUAAAAGUGACACUAACCGUGGUCAGUACAAAGCACGCGAGAAAAAGCGCGGUAAAGAGAGGAAAGUCGCUUACUCUAAAGAAACUGAAGCAGGCAGUGAAAGCAGUGAGUCUGUCAAUGCCGGUUCACGAAAUGAGUCGUUCUCUGGAAACCAAAGAAAGAAGAACAAAAUUGGUAGAAAGCAGAGAGGUAACGGUACAGAAGAGAAUGACUCGGAGAAUUUCUCCUAUGAAUACAGCUUUACUGAAUCUGGCAAUAGCUCUGGUGGUAGCUUAGCAGGCAGCGGCGAAGAAAAAUCCUACAAGGGAGAAACAGGCAAAAGGAAGACACCGACGAAAAUAUCAGGAAAUAGAAAGUGGAGGAAAGGCGAAGGAUUUGCGGGAUCCAAGUUUUCAGAAACAACGGAAAGUGAAGACCAAUGGGAAGUGGGCUCACGAAACGAAUCUCUCUCUGACUCUCAAACAUAUUCCAAAAAUAGAAAUGGAUUCAAACGCAAACGUGGUAAAGGUGUUCGUGGACAAGAAGCUAACUCUACUAGCAUAGAAGACGAGGGAUCAGCAGCUCGCUACUUCAGUUCAAACUGGACCGGAAGUGACAUCAACGACAGUGACAGGGGCGGCAUCAUUAACAGUUCUCAUAAACAUCGCGGUGAAAAACGGUACAGAAGCGGGAAUAGAAAUGGACUUGGUAGAAAUUCAUCGGCCAUUGAAGAGAGCGGCUCGGAGAGCUACAACGGUACUAAAGGAUCCUGGGAACUAUCGAAAACAGGUCAGUCUGAUCGACAGCAAGAUCGGAACAAAAAUAAAAACAAGACAAAUGGAAAAAGACGAAAGUCGCAAUCUUCAUUCGACCAAGAAGAAGGAGUUAGCGCUGAGGACUUUGGUAGCCGGAACAGGUCGGAAUCCAGCCGUAAACAUAUUUCCAAAAGCAAAAGUAACUUCAGGAUACAAGGAAGAAAAAAGAAAUACAGAAAGGGAGAGAACUCUACAGCAUCUGAAGAGGCAGGGUCAGGUAGCGGCUACUACAGUUAUAAUGGUACCAUAAAUAGUACAAGCUCUGAAAAUGCCAGUGCUGAAGAGGGUUCUUUUAGUGUAAAUGGUGUCAGGAGGAAUGGAAAUAAAGGUUAUAAGGGCAGAAAACGAGGCUACAGAAAAGGUGCCGAAAGUGGAGACAACUCGACAUAUUUGCUGUGGGAAUCAAGAGAAGAUAACUCUGAUUACAACCUAAAUGAAGGUAGCACAAGUGUGAACGGAAGUCACGGCGAAGUGGAUGCAAGCAGGAACAUUGGAAACAAACUUCGUCGAAAGUCGAAAUAUCGCGUAAGCGGCAAACACCGCAACGCUAAGAGUAACAAGGGAGAGAAAGAAGGACACAUUUCAAAUUCAAAGGGAAAUGUGUUGAGCAAUGAAGAAAGUUAUGGCGGAAGCAUCAACAAUUCUACAAACUCCGAAAGCGAAAGUCGGUCUGGUCAUGGAGGAAAACGGGGAAAGAAAUAUCGCUCCGGAAAGAGAAAGAUAUCGGGCAAGUAUCGCACGGGGAAAUUCAAUCGCGGUGAAAAAGAAGGCAACUAUUCCAAUUCGUACCUCGAUUACGAAGAAUUCGAAUACAACAGCACGGCCAGCAACGAGACCGAAGACAUAGAGCUGAGGAACAGAUCAUCGACCGGUCAAGGUCAGAAGUACAGAAUCGGGAAACACCGCACUGGAGGCAAGCACCGGAAAGGAAAUGUUACCGAAGGAGAAACAGAAGGCGGGAACGAAGAAGGCGGGCAAUAUGACUACUACUACUACUAUGACUAUUAUGACGACACGAACGAGACGGAGAGCUCGUAUGACCUCGGAGAAGAGUACGAGGUGGAGGCGAGUGAUGGAACUCCGGAGCAGGUGUCCGGGAAUGUCGCCGCGACUGACGGCCAGGCUGAGAGUGGUGCUGGUUCUAGCGGAAGCGGUGGGAGCGACACGGUCUCCUCGGACGGCGAGAGCAGUCACUGGAGGGAGGAGUGGACAGAGGCGCCAACGUACGGAGAGUACGAGUACUGGCAGAAAGAGUACGAGUACGAAGUGACUGACCAGCCGACAUCUUAACUUUGAACGGCUUCCCCCUCAACCCACCCCCUUUAGUUAUUUCAUUAUUUUUUUUUGCUUUAAAACACACACACCUUUAACGCAGCGAUACACACACUAGAGUAAUUCACUACUACACUGCAACACAGACUCAUAUAGAACUGUAGAAAUACACACACACACAUGCAUGAAUGACACACUCACACGUUGACACACAUACACACAAACACACCAGAAUACUACACACCUACACUGGAACACAACGGCAUAUACUAAACUAUACUUGUAACAUACACACAUAUAGACACGAAUUUAAAUAAUUACAGGUGACUGGAUCACACACUCCAACGUUGACAGGCACACACAAUAGAUGCAGGCUUACAGAACUUCAAAGUGUAAUUUUUUUUUUCUUUAGUGUAAAUUGUCGAGAUUUAAUUGAUUCAACGGUGACCUUUACGUUGACCAAUUAGUUGACCCUUUAAUUGUUCGUCCAUAGUAACCCUAAUCGAUAAGAAAAACUUCUGUCAUUCAUCGUGAUAUCGACCUUUCUCAAACUUCAAAUAUGAAUAUGUGUCUCAUAGAUAGGAAUUAUCACUCUAAAAGGAUAUAAAAUGAUUAGAAAUAUUCGGAUACCUGUUGGACGAAAUUAUAUUUUAAAGGAACUUCUGGAAUUUAGAAGAUAAGAAAAUAAGAUAAUGGAUCCUAGAAUGUUCUUUAACAAAUAGAGCACGCUAUUUAAGGUCAUGCCUGAAUAAUUAGCAAUGUCUUUAACUGGAAUCUUUAAACUCCAAGUUGUCUUGGGAAUUUGUCGGGUAUUACCGAUUUCAAUGACAUAAUCAAUAGUCACUGUAAUUUCUAGUCACAAUUAGUUGUAUUGUAUGUUUAGUUGGUGCUAAGUUUGCUGUUUGUUUCACUAACAUUAGACAGUUUAUAUGUAUAACAAUACAUCGAUAUGAUAAGGUCUUGCAAAUAAUAUUCUGUAUUUGUGAUAUUGAAAUAACUAUUAUGCUUAUUAAAAAGGUGUGUGUUUACUUUUGUUUGGAAAUAAACUAAUGAGGAUUUCCAAAGAUU